AUGGAUUUCUCAUAUCCACUAAACAGUGAUGAUCCGGUUUUGGUUAAAUAUACAAUAUUUCAAGACCCAAUUGUUGAUUCUUAUGAAAGAAGGGUCUAUUCUUUUCUUGACUUUACUGGCCAACUUGGUGGGUUCUUUGAAAUAUUGGUCAUAUCCGGAGGACUUUUAGUCAAUUACUUUUCAACCAAACUUUAUAAUUACUCGCUCUUCAAUCAACUUUAUUGAGCCGAUAACAAUUAUUGCAGUCUUCACAAAUCUGAAAUCCAAAUUCAGCCGAAGCCUUCAAAGCCAGUCCAUAAGAAUUUUCAAAGAGAGCAAAACGAAGUAGUGAAGAGCCAAGAAAGUUCUGUUUCAAAUGGAUCCAACAACCAGAAUGAUCCACUUGAUAAAUAGCGACACCAAAACAAAGCUUAUAGAUCAGAUCAGAGCUAAACUGCUUGCAACCAGGACAUUCAGCUUCUCCUUCAGAGAUUACCUGAAGAGCUGUCUGCCUUUUGUCAAGAACAGACCCAAGUCCAAAUACCAAGAACUUAACCACAGACUUAAUCGCGAGUGAGAUCUACCAGAAGUCAUAGGAGCGCUGCGUCAACUCAAGACUCUUGUGAAGAUGCUGGUCAAUGACCAUCAGCGUUUGCUCAUGAGCUUCGACCCCAGAGGCAGGCUCGGACAAUCACAAGCGAAACAGAGCUCAACCUCAGACACUUUAUGCAACCACCAGUUUUGGAUUGAAGCUGAUUUUCCUUCAAAGCAUGAACCAAACAUCGAAAGUUAUCACUCAAGAGUGGAUGCAUUGGUUGAGAAGCUCAAGGAAGUGGCUCCAGACGAACUCAAGCGAGACUCUCAUGCAAUCCUUGGCAUCAGUUGUCGUGAGUCCCGAAUGGAAUCUAGAAUAGAAUCUCAAGUGGAGUUUGCAGAAGAACCCCACUCGAAGUGUUCUAACCCAGCAAUUGCUUCGAACAACACCAAAGACAAAAGUCUAUCAAAAAUUGGGUUGAUAGAGGAAGAGAAGGAAAAUAAAGAUUGGAAGGAGUACCCUGUGAAGAACUUCAACGAUAUUUAGCUUUAAGAAGUAUCAAUUUUUAUCUAUUACCUU